GUUGUUCCCGAAAAAAAGCAGCCGGGAAGGAACGGCGGGGCCUGUCCCUCAACGCAGCGUGGCGGGGACAGUGGAGGCGCCUCCCUCUGCUCAGUCAAGGCUCCCGUGAAAUCCAGACCUCAGCCCGGAAACCCAGAUGGCUUCCAAAGAGAGAGAUGCAAUAUCCUGGUACCAAAAAAAGAUUGGAGCAUAUGACCAACAGAUAUGGGAAAAGUCUAUAGAACAGACUCAAAUGAAAGGCUUUAAAAGUAAACCAAAAAAGAUGGGUCACAUAAAACCUGACUUGAUCGAUGUUGACUUAAUCAGAGGCUCAACAUUUGCCAAAGCCAAGCCUGAAAUUCCCUGGACAUCACUAACGCGGAAAGGAAUUGUGCGAGUUCUGUUCUUUCCACUGUUCAGUAGUUGGUGGAUCCAAGUUACUUCUCAUCGAAUCUUUGUUUGGCUGCUACUGCUUUACCUCAUGCAAGUUAUAGCAAUUGUGUUAUAUUUAUUGAUGCCUAUUAUAAAUAUCAGUGAAGUUCUUGGACCACUGUGCCUUAUGCUGCUGAUGGGAACGAUCCACUGUCAAAUAGUGUCGACUCAAAUAAAUAGACCUUCAGGAAGCAAUGGAAACCGGAGGAGAAGAGCCAAAAGAGUGAGAUCAGCGGCUGACAGAGGUACUGAAAUCGAAAAUGGCUUGAGCAGUAAGGAUUCUGAUAUGAAGGGAAAGCAUUCCCGGCCUGAGUCUAGAAUGUGGCAAAAGAAAGAGAAAGCCAAGCUCUCUGAUGGGGAAAACAAUCAGGAAGGCUUUAGUCAUCUAGAUAUUGGGAUUUCAGAUGAGCUGUCAAGUGAAGAAGAUGCUGAAGAACAGUCACAGAUGAUAUUGCUGCGAAGGAGUGUAGAAGGAACCUCUAGUGGCAAAGGCAAUGUGAUCAAGAACCGGAAACCACAUAUUUCUUCAAAUUACAUAAACUCUCAGGACUCUAAGUCUGGAAUGAGCUCCAGAAGUUGCAGUGUGUCUCGCAGAAAUUCAGAAAGCUCUCGCCAUGACUCGGAGACAGAGGAUAUGCUGUGGGAUGACCUGCUCCAUGGGCCCGAGUGCCGUUCAUCGGUCACCAGUGACAGUGAGGAGGCAAAUGCCAAGACUUUUACAGGAAUGAAAUGGGAUUCAAAAGAGGACGUUUUCCAACAGAACCAUUUAUUCUGGCUUCAGAACUCAAGCCCUGCCUCAGAACGAGUAAGUGCCAUCAUUUGGGAAGGGAAUGAAUGUGAAAAAAUGGACUUGUCGGUAUUGGAAAUUAGUGGCAUCAUCAUGACCAGGGUUAACGAAUAUCAACACGGAAUGGCAUAUCAGAUGUUGGGGAACAUUGUUACCGUUGGAUUAGCGGUUUUUCCUUUUCUUCACCGACUCUUCUAUGAAAACAGCCUUGAUCAGCUAAGAGCCAUGACAGUCCAGGAACUCAUGACUGUCUUUUGCGGGGCACCACCUUUCAAAUCUAUCGUUGUCUUGUCCACAGUUAACUUUAUCGAGCGUUUGUCUCUCUCCUGGAUGUUUUUUUUCAUGAUGUGUGUGGCUGAAAGAACAUAUAAGCAGAGAUUUUUAUUUGCCAAACUCUUUAGUCAUAUCACCUCUGCCAGGAAAGCUAGAAAGUAUGAAAUUCCUCAUUUCAGGCUCAAGAAAGUGGAGAACAUAAAGAUUUGGCUCUCACUUCGUUCUUACUUAAAGAGACGAGGUCCGCAGCGCUCUGUUGACGUGGUUGUGUCUACGAUCUUUUUACUGACUGUCUCAAUAGCUUUCUUUUGCUGUGCCCAGGUUCUUCAAGGUUACGAUGCUUUCCUGAAUGAUGCUUACAACUGGGAGCUCCUGAUCUGGGAACUAGCUUUGUUGCUCUUCUUAUUGCACCUGGCCUCUCUGGGUUCGGAAACUAACAAGAAAUAUAGCAAUAUUUCAGUAUUGCUCACCGAGCAGGUGAACUUGUAUCUAAAGAUGGAAAAGAAGCCCAAUAAGAAAGAACAGCUUACGCUUGUGAACAACGUAUUAAAGCUGGCAACUAAAUUACUGAAAGAGUUGGACACACCUUUUAGACUCUAUGGACUGACCAUGAAUCCUUUAAUCUACAAUAUUACCCGAGUGGUUAUCCUUUCUGCGGUCUCAGGAAUUAUAAGUGAUCUCUUAGGAUUUAAUAUAAGAUUGUGGAAAAUAAAACCGUGAGCCGAAAAGCGUGCUGGGACCAUCUUCCCUCGCUGUCUUACAAACGGAUGGCCACCGUUGGAGUGAGAGACCCGCAGCUGAGCCCCGUCUAUAAACAGUGUUUUCCUGGGAACAAAGUCGUCCCCCAGGGAGAAAGGCAUCGUCCUUAUAGUUAUGAAGGAGUGGGAACAAUUGGAAGACAAAUGACUUCCAGCAUGUUGUGGUAAGGCAGGAGCAAUUUACUAAAUUAAGACAGUCAUUCCAGUUUCUUCUGUCCUCUGAGUUAUAUUUACAUGGAAAUAGAGUUCUAAAUGGAUCUAGUUUGUGCCCAAAAGCAUGAAACACAGCUCUCGUACUAGUAGAAAGCAACUACACUUCUCUUCCUUUAUAUGCUAUGGAAUUGAAGAGUUCCGUUCCACGGCUAAGAAUGAAUUGAAAACAUCUUAGGCUGUCUCCAAAUAAAAAGAAUCCUAUUGGA